CAAUUUUUGUCAUCAUCGAUGUGUAUGUGCUUUGUAUCAGCGGGUCCGUAUUCUGUGCGCAUAGCUACAGAGUCGAAAGCAGAUGCGUAUACCAGAGACAGCGAGACUAUAAGUAUGAACAUGUAUCCCUUCUGCACAUGCACAUGAACGCGUCAUGAUCAUCUGGCUGCCGGCCAUUUUUGGCGGCAAGAAACAAGCGGCGAGAGGCACACGACCAGCUGAUACAGUGGCACAAAAAGUGCUACACACGAGCCUUCCAACAACAACGAAAAGCCCCAUGAGGUAGAGACGCCAGUUUGUAUGCACGUCACGGUGCACACUACACAAAUACUGACUUAUGCAGGAACGAAUGCACAAAUACAGAUGUCAGAUCUACCGACCAUGUAAUCUACUACAAGUACGACAUACAUACAUUUCUGCAACUAACCGCUGCAUGCCGACCUUUCUCUAUCUAUCAGAGGAAAGUACGAAAGAAGAGAGAAGGAGAGAAAAAAAGGCAUGGCAAAAUAUGCAGAAAGCGAACAUCCAUAUGGAGGAGCUCCCACAUACUGAAUGUGUGUAUCAUCAUGCACACGGGCAGACAGCAGGUGCUGGGAGGCGCAUCGCGUCAUGGCUGGCUGUACACAGCAACCGCCCUCAUACGAGCAUCCUUGAUGCUGACAUUCCUGUGCGGCCAUGACAUGCAGAAACCACAAGCAGACCGUCAUCAUGUCAUACGUGCAAAGAAUAUGGACGUCACUGGCCAAAAGCGGCGGGUAGAAAUGGGGUACACCCCCAGAGAAGCAGGUCCGUCCUCCUCAUCUGCAGUCAGCGGGCUAGUUGUUUUCGAGAAAUGCAGUCUUCUGCGUAGUGGGCACGCUGACUGUGAAUGUCCACAGACACGCAACACAAAAGAGAAGAGCGCUGGGUCAGUGUCCUUCCCUGGGUGUGUGACACAUCAAGGGCUUACAUGUGAUCUCGAUGUCCUUGCCCUCGGACUCUCCGCUGAAGGGGAUGGCGGCCAAUAUGAAGGUGCCCGGCCCCUUGAGAGCCUCUCGAGCGCCCCUGGCGAAGGCACCCGUCUGCCCGUUGCUGCCACCCGGCGAUGGGGACGUGGGUGCCGCGCCGAAGGCCUUGAAGGCAUUCCUGCCAUCCUUGUUGCCCUUGUUGACCUUCUCGAGAUAGGGCGGCUCUCUACACGCACAACAUGGGCACGCCACAGACGGGAAAUAAUGCCUUGGUGUGUCGGGUGUGGCAUGUGUGUGCCUGGCUGACCUGAAUGUGUCCCAAUCGAUGAAGACACCCUUGUUGUCGAAGAGGAGGAAUUGGACGGCCGUGACGCAGGCCGACUCGGGGACGGCCGUGAAGGUAAAGUCCAUACCCAUCUCAGCGGGCACCACAAUGUCGGUCGUGUUGUCCUUUAUCAUCUUGGCGCUGCCCUCGGCCUUUGGGCUCUUCACGUCCACCAAGUGGAAGCCGGCAAGAGACGGAGUGACACCUAGAGAUAGCGACAGUGCACCGACAGACGGGAACCAAUGCAGGAUAAACGUGAUUGGGUAGGGAUUCCAAGUGACGCACCUUUGCAUUCUGUCGUGGCGUGUUGAUACCAACAGAUGACACCGCACGCGCACAGCAGCAGUGCCAAACGAUCCUCGACUAUGCUUUUCGUAUGCACGUGCGCGUACCUUCGCUUAUCGAUAGGGCGUCUUCCUGCAUCUGCAAAGCCACAUCCUCGAUGACGUAGUCAGGCACUUGAUAUUCUGACAAAAGACAUGAGGAACAAGUGCACGGACCAUAAGCAGACAGUGAGGGUGGUGCUCACGGCCUCCAUUGAUGGUGAUGAUGAGGUCGCCGCCGAUGCCUAUGUUGCUGAUGUUGAGGUCCACAUCCGGCCCGCCUGGCUGGCUCGGCACGUCGACAAUGACGUCGGUUGGCUCCACCGUUGGUUCUUGCUCCUCCCAGUCCUCCUUUGCGAAGGCCGGGACGAGCUCCAGCGACGCGAGGAAGAGAAGCGCAGCGAAAGAGAGCACUCGGGACUGCAUCAUCGAUGGCUG